AUGACCCCCUCCGCAACCACCACCUACCGCGGCACCUGCGCCUGCACCGCCGUAUCCUGGUCCUCCACCGCCGCGCCUACAUCCCUCGACUUCUGCCACUGCACGCAAUGCCAACAAAUCUCCGGCGCUCCCUUCAUAGCUUGGCUGGCUUUUACAUUCCCGUCCAUAACAUUUCGCGGUACCGACUUCAUCAAGACGACCCGCCUCCUCAUAAGCGAUGGCAUGGACUCCAUCGCAUCGCGUUCCUUCUGCAGUGCGUGCGGGAGUACGUUGAGUAUGCAGUAUGAUUGUUACAAAGGGACGAGGAUACAUCUUGCGGCAGGGACGUUGGUGGAGGGCACGAUACCGGAGGGGUUAGGGAGGGCUCAUAUUUGGGUUGGGGAUAAGGCGGGGUGGUAUGAGAUGCCGCAGGAUGGGGUGAGGAGGUGGGAAGGGUUCGAUGAUGAGUUCAAGGAGGUGCUGAGGGGGUUUGAGGCUGGGGAGAGGAGGGAGGGGUAUGAGGUGCGGGAGGAGAGGGAGGUUGAUAUAGAAAGUUUCAAGGGGGAGGAGGAGAGGGAGGAUGAUGAGAUUGUGAUACGACGGGCGGAGGAGAAGGACAGGGAAGGGGAAGGGGAGGAUGGGGGAGAGAGUGAUGAGGAGUUGAGGGAGUUGAGGAGAAGGUAUGGGGGUGGGUCGAGUGGGAGUAAGAGGCAGGAAGUGGAGGUGGAUGAGUAUAUGUAUGAUUCUGAUUGA